CUCCCUCCUCCCAUGCUCCCAUUUCCUUCGUCCCCAUUUCUCCGGAGAAGGAGAGAAGAGAGGGAAAGAGUUCUAAGAGUCAGAGAGUGGAUUUACGGAGAGAGAGAGAUGGAGCGAUUAUAGGGAGAAUGUUCAAAGAGCAACUCCGCGCGAAGGCGUGGGAGUCGACGGUGCGGAAGGCGCAGCGGCAGCACCAGUCCGGGCGGCGCCUGGGGUGCAUCUUCGCGCCGAUGUCCGUUGCCCCCGCCUCCGACGAGGACGCCAAGGACGACGAUGCCCUGCCGUCGGAGGAGCCCUAUCACGUUGAGUGCCUUUUACCCAACGGCGACUUCUAUACCGGCCAGUGGUCCGGCGGCCUCCCUGAGGGCACCGGAAAAUACCUCUGGACCGACGGCUGCAUGUACGAGGGCGAGUGGAGCCGCGGCAGAACCGCCGGGAAAGGAAAAUUCUCCUGGCCCUCCGGCGCCACGUACGAAGGCGGGUUCAAGGCAGGCUUCAUGGACGGCCUCGGCACCUACACCGGUUCCUCCGGCGACACCUACCGCGGUGCCUGGUCCAUGAACCUCAAGCACGGCUACGGUAAGAAGUCCUACGGUAACGGCGACUACUACGACGGCGAGUGGCGCUCCGGCGUCCAGGACGGCCAUGGACGCUAUAUCUGGCGCAGCGGCACCGAGUACGCUGGCCAGUGGCGCGCUGGCCUCCUCCACGGCAAAGGCUCCCUCGUCUUUGCCAAUGGGAAUAGGUACGACGGCGGGUGGGAGGACGGCGUCCCCAGGGGCAACGGCAGGUUCCGCUGGGCCGACGGCAGCCUCUACGUUGGCGUCUGGAGCAAGGACGACGCCGAGAAGAAGGGGGUAUACUACCCGUCGGCGGCGGCGACGUCGCCCACCGCGCGGGACCCGCGGGAGGCCUUGGCCGCCGAGCUGCCGGGGUGCGAGAUUUGCCCCGGCGAGACCGUUUUGAUUCCCCCGUCCCAGAAGACCGUCAGCUGGUCCGGCCUCGAGCAGGUCAGCUCGAAGCCCCCGCUCCGCCCCCGGCUGAGGGCCUCCGUCGAUGCCAAAGGCGGCGCCGGCGCCCCGGCGCCGAGGCGGCCCAGUGGGCGGACCAAGCCCAUCAUUGGGCUGAACAGCAACGGCGAAGGGAAGAGUGGGUUCGAGAAGAUUUGCAUCUGGGAGUCUGAUGGGGACGUUACCUGCGACAUUGUGGAUGGGAGCUCGGUCGUGGGUGGCGGAGGGACGGAGGUGGCGGAUGAUGUGAUGGUGGGGUGGCGAUCGGUGGACGUGGACUCGAGGGUGUUCAGGACCCCGCCGCAGGUCCGAUGGCUGCCGAAGACACCAAGGAAGCAAGGGGAGACCAUCUCGAAGGGGCACAAGAAUUAUGAGCUCAUGCUCAAUCUCCAGCUUGGGAUCAGGCAUGCUGUAGGAAAACAAAAUAUGGCUUCACUUGAUCUGAAAGCAUCAGCCUUUGACCCAAAAAAAAAGGUAUGGACAAAGUUUCCCCCUCAAGGAUCAAAACGCACACCUCCGCACCAAUCUUGUGAUUUCAGAUGGAAGGAUUACUGCCCAUUGGUUUUCAGGACACUCCGUAAGCUGUUCCAGGUCGAUGCAGCUGAUUAUAUGAUCUCUAUUUGUGGAAAUGAUGCCCUUCGAGAACUCUCGUCUCCCGGAAAGAGCGGAAGCUUCUUUUACCUGACCAAUGAUGACCGCUACAUGAUAAAGACAGUGAAGAAAUCUGAAGUUAAAGUGCUUCUAAGGAUGCUUCCAGCCUAUUAUAACCAUGUCCGUAAAUUUGAGAAUACUUUGGUCACCAAGUUUUUCGGUCUGCACUGUGUCAAGUUAACUGGAGCUACCCAAAGGAAGGUCCGCUUUGUUAUAAUGGGAAAUCUCUUCUGUACUGAGUUUGCCGUUCAUAGGCGGUUUGACCUAAAAGGGUCUUCCCAUGGUCGUGCAACCACUAAGCCAGAGUCGGAGAUCGACGAAUGCACUACUUUAAAGGACCUCGAUCUUAAUUUUAUAUUUCGAUUGCAAGGACCAUGCUUCCAAGAAUUUCAAAGGCAAAUAGAGAAGGACUGUGAAUUUCUUGAGGCGGAGAGGAUCAUGGAUUACAGUCUCUUGGUGGGCAUCCAUUUUAGGGGCCCCAAAGAGAUGCCUCUGUCUGAAGGUAAUGGUGGUGCUAAUAGCAGAAAAGAAGCUACAUCUCACCUUUCAAGAGCAGAUAUGGAUCAAUUUCUCUAUGAUUCGGCAAGGUUGGCUGUGAGCAGGCCAGGAGUGAACAUGCCAGCUAGGGCUGAACUGACAGUUCGAAAGAAUGACUGUGAACCCCAGCUGAUUGGAGAACCCACAGGGCAGUUUUAUGAUGUAGUCUUGAUCUUCGGCAUCAUUGACAUACUCCAAGACUAUGAUAUCAGCAAGAAACUUGAGCAUGCAUACAAGUCUAUUCAUUACGACCCGACUUCAAUAUCAGCUGUUGAUCCAAAACAGUAUGCAAAGCGCUUCCGUGAUUUCAUAUUCAGAGCUUUUACAGAAGACACCUAGAGCUUCUUAGCAGGAAGUGCCACCAUCAAUACCACAAACUUCAGAACAACCCCAUGGAAGCUGGUCAAGCUGAACCCGAGGCGCAUGACUUCUGGGCAUGUGUAUACUAUUUCAGUGACAACAUUCAGAAAGAUCCAGUGCUUCAGGAGUCAUGGAAGCCGCUUGAGAUUGGCUCGUGGCUUGGGAGGAGUUGCAUGUCUGUUAAACCAGCAUGGCUCUCUCCCUACGUAAAUACAAACAGAGAUGUAUGCAUUCCCUACAUAUUUGUCACUACAGGUAAUUCUUAAGUGUUUAUUGAAGGUAUAGAUAGAAAUUGUAACGAGGAGAGAGCACAAGCCAAUUAGGAACUGUAAAUGAUUUUACCUGAGGUAACAUGUAUCAGAUAUCAUUCUUUUCUGUAAUCAGUUUUGUUUUUUACAGAAACACUAGAGGAAUUUCUAGGAUUUUCAAUAUACUUGUACAGGAGGACUCAAAUUGAAACGACUUUGUGUCACAUAACUUAUAAUCUGCACUCAUGAGAUAAUACAAAAUCCUGACGUCGAUGGCAGGGUUCUUAAA